AUGAACCUGGAAGCUGGGAGUACAUCACUGCUCCACUCCCUGAAAAACUCCAAAUUCCGGGAAUCCAUGACCCGUGAUGACCGCUUCCUCCUGGGGCUGCAUGAGUGCAAACUUCAGAACUGGAAGGGACGGGAAGGGGCUUUGGGUGACGUCGCCGGCGGCUUGGCGCGGUCGGGCACGAAAAGGUACGGAGGGGGUGAGUACUGGGGACUUGAAAAGGUGUCCUCAGAACAGGCCAGCUUAGGGGAGGUCCUGGCAGCUGAGCAAGGCCACGCCUGGAGGCUGCCGGAGGUGACGGAGCGGGGGAGGACCGCCCGGGAAGAUGGGGGCCGGGGGGUGGGAGCUGGGAAGCCCGGGCCCCCGCCAGCCCCAGGACCUCUGCCCGGCUGUGUCCCCGGCCCAGGCUCCUGGCCCUGCUCCGCCGUCCCCGCGUGCGCGCCGGGAGUCGGGCAGCAGGAAAAUCGUGUGUGUACCGUCUACCGUUCUCAUCGCCUCAACUUUCCCGAGGACAUGGCCUUGAGAGAGCAAGGUGGCGUUGAGACCAUCUGGCCACACAGAGUACGCAGCCGAAGCCCAGGGAGGACUCCACGUGAACGGCAGACUCGGCAGGUGGACACGGCAAUCUGCUGGUCUUACGGAGCCUCAGACGAGUCUCCUAUCGACCUGAGAGGCCCAGGCCGGGCCUGCAUUGUUCCAUUUUUGGAAUUCUUCAAGAGUGAGAGCAGCCUGGCUGUCAACGGAGCUCUGUUCACAGAGGCCGGCCCGGCAAAGGGGAGAGGGCCCGCUAUUGUCCGGCCGGGCUGCGGGCCGCUGGAAUGCGCUGGAAUGCUGGCCCGCGUGGCACAGCCCCAGAGCGGGGCCUUUGUGUGCAAACACCAGCAGAUCGGCCCUCCCAUAAAUAAUGACGACCUCACUGCUAGGGCUGGACAGGCGUCCGGGUACCAGGACUCCAUCCUGUGA